UCACAUUAUCCUUCUACACUCACAAGCGAUAAACACUCUUUUAAUGAUAUUAAAAAAAUAUAAAAGCUUCCAACUUCACUCAAUUCCAUAGUUCUUGUUAUUAUCCGUUUCAAAGCAAUUGUUUCACAAUGAAAACACUUGUCAUUUGUCUUAUUUUGUUGGUGGCUGUGUCUGCAGCUCCUCGUCCUGACCACCACACUGGGCACGGUGUUGGCGAGUCUGCCCAUCAUGGCAGUAGCGGUAGCCACCAAGGAGGACUGAUCGGAGGAGGCACUCAUGAUUAUGGCACCCAUGGUACACAUCAAGGGGGUCAUCAAGGAAGUCACCAAGGAGGUCUAAUUGGUGGUGGAACUCAUGAUCAGGGAACGCAUGGCGGUCAUCAUUAAAUGUAAAAUUAUAUGUUGUUUGGUAAAUAAAACGAAUUUAAUUGUU